GUGCACACAGGCAUGCACGACAUAUUCGCACCCAAACUGAAGAACAUCCUCUCCAAGGGCACAGGCACAAAAAUAGCGCUGUUCGACAGCUACACCAAGCCCAUACUAUCAUCGCACGUUUCGCACACAAACUUCCUGAAAAACGACUUUUUUUUAUUUCAGAUGCUCACAGACACGCGCUGCCGCAUGCACGGCCUGACCUGUGUGAUUUUUGCGCAGCCCACGAGCAUUUACCAGAUCGUAUGCGAAUUGAAGGAGCCGAAGUACGGCCGGUACAUCAUUUUCUUCACUGGUAAGGUUGAUGAUGACGUGCUGGAGAUUAUGGCCCGCAGCGAUACGCACGCGGUGGUGAGCGAAACGUAUGAAAUGAACAUUGGCGUGGUAAAACUCGAUGACAUGCUGUACAGGGUGGGGAGCGGCAAUCGAAUGGACGGUAUUAUGUCGGUGCUGAGCACCCUCGGAAUAUGUCCCAAAAUGAUAACGAACGCGGGAAUGAAGGAGCUCGUGACUCAGAUGAUGAUACACGCAUCCAAAUUUGCAAACAAGGGAACGCUGAUCAUGCUGAACCGUUCUUUCGAUCCUUACACGCCCCUGGUGCACGAGUGGCGGUACCAGCCGAUGAUAUACGAGUACCUUAAGUCAAGCAACGGCAUCGUGACCUUAGACAAGACAUACGUGCUUAGCGAUGCGUUCUUCGAGGUGAACAAGUUUCUGGACAUCAACGCGGUCAGCGCCAAUUUGAAGGAGUUUAUAAAAUCAACCGAAAAAGUGCCUGUCGAUCUGUCAGCACUGAGCACAGCCACAAAGACCAAAGACAGCCUCGAAAAGCACCUCAAGCUGCACAACUACAUCGUAAAACAUUGCGUUGAUAACAAGGAGAUGAGCGAAGUUGAGAUGAAAAUAAUCAAAGAGAACAAAAUGAACACCAAGCAGAUCGAGAAGGUGCUCAGCAACGAUAAGUUGACGAGAGAACAGAAGGAGAAGCUGGUGAUGAUUUAUCUCCUGAGAAACCCCCACAAGAGGAGCAGGCCCGUGUUUGAGAAGUACGUGAAGAUCCAGCAAUUUGUUAAGAAGCACACGAAUGCGCCCAUACCCACGUUCCGUGAGCACGUUGAUAUCAAGCUGGCGUAUGAGCCGGUCAUCACGAGGUUGUUGGGAAAGAUAAUGAAGAACAAGAUAGAUGGCAGUCUGUGCACGGUUGACAGUCUCAAGGUGUCUAAGCCGUACGUAAUCUACGUUGAUGAUAUCACUUUCAACGAGUACAGGGCCAUCAAUAUGUUUUUUAGGGAGCGUAAUAUCGUGGAUUAUGUCAUUCUGUGCGACAGGAUCGUAAACUACAGCGAUGUUUUGAACGAUGGCAUGGGAGCUGCUGAUUAAACCGCGUUAUUCCACGAACUCAGAGUUGGCAUGAAGCUGCUGAUUAAACCGCGUUAUU